GGAGGGGUCCUGGUGGGAGGGAACACGGGACAUAUAAGGCAGGUUCUUACGGCGGAUACUGCAGAACCAGCCUCGGUGUUGCACACUCCUGGAGAUAGACAGGAAACAAUUGCUAGUACAAGUAUUGCACACAGUGUGUGGCGCUACUUGCAGCGGGUACUGAAGCGACAGCGGGAUGUGGCGGUGCGCUUGCGCAUUGGCGCUGCUGUGCGCGGCACUCGCGCGCACUGAUACCUAUAAACGAGCUGAAUUAGCGACGGCUCCCUUCGUGCUGGGUUCUCGCUACGGUCGUUCCUCUCCGCGCAUGAUCGCACCACGCAACGACAGGUUCUUUAUGGGCAGUAGAUACGGCAAGCGGUCGGAGAUAGCCCGUACUCUGACCCCACACGAUAUGACAUGGCGUGACGCGUCACAAGAUGUAACGUCGAAGGAUGGAACAUGGCAAGAUGUAACGUGGCGGAAAUUGGCGCAUUUAUGUGAACUGCAAGUUUUCGCACCGCUCUGCUCGCGACAACCUUCCAAACUUCUAUAUAAUAGAAUAGACCAAGAGCCAGUGGAGAAAAUGGACUAUAAAGAUUAAUUGCAUCGUGAACACGACCCACAUCGCACACCGAACACAUUGGAACUGAAUUAACUAUUAUAAUUAUUCUAUAGAUAAUUACUCUCUAGAAGGUGAUGGAACGAACAGACAGGAUUAAUGUUAUCCUUUUUUGUUCCUUUUCAUUUUAUAAACCCAAUAUGUAAUGUAUAUUUUAAACGAAACAGGUUAAGGCUGGUAACUUGUUUCGUAAAUUUGGUGUAGAAACUAUAAAACUCCUCUAAUAAUCUGUCUCUGUCUUUUAAUAGAGAAUGAGGGAAAGAGAGUAUUUUACAAGUUUCAUAACCAACCCUUUAUAGAUUGAUGCUAGUCAC